AUGAGCAGAACAAUGACAAAAACACUUGGCAAAAAUCUCAACGACCAGGCCACUGGCCUUUGGUACGAUGAACAAAAUGCAAAGACAAAACCUGACCAGAAAACAAAUGCAAACGACACAAGAUCAGACAGACAUGACAUGACACACCACGACAGAAAAACAAACAUUGCACCAACAGAAAACCACAAACAGAAAAUCAAAAAAAAAAAUUCAAACAAGCAGCAAGACAAAAAGAAAAUUUCUCAAAAAAAAAAACCCUUCGCGGCCGGAUCAGAAGCAGUGUCAUCAUGUCCGGCCGCGAUCCCAAGGACAAAGUCCAUUGGGAACGGGUAG